CCAGCUUGCAAUUGCGCUACCGCAAAAUUUUGGAUUCGAUAUGUGGGGCCUGCUGUUAGCCCCACUAUAAAAAAAUUGUGUUUAUUUUAUACUUUGAACCAUUUAUUAUGGUUUAUUCUGAGAAAUUAAAUAACGAUUUACAUGUCAAGAUAACAAGCCACUAAACCAAUUGCGUUAUAAUCAUAAAUAUCAAGCAAUCAUCCACAUUCCAUUGCAAGCUACUAAAACUUCAAAUGGUAAUAGUAACACCACACCAAAAAAGUUAAAAAUAUCGAUUUAAAAGUCUAAAAAUAACCAAUUAUGAGUGACGUACGUUUAAACGGUUCCUCAAAGAUGAACGGCCACGACGAGAAGACCCCCUUUCUGAUUGGGGUCGCUGGGGGUACAGCCAGUGGAAAGAGCACAGUAUGUAAAAGAAUCAUGGAAAAACUAGGCCAAGCAGAUAUAGAUAAUAAACAGCGUCAAGUUGUUUGUGUUUCACAAGACAGCUUUUACAGAGAACUCACCACCUCCGAGAUAUCUAGAGCCGAAAAGGGGCUUUUUAACUUUGACCAUCCCGAUGCUUUUAAUGAGGUUUUAAUAAGGGAUACUUUAACUGAUAUUUUAGCUGGGAAGAUGGUCAAUAUUCCUACAUACGAUUACAAAACUCACACUAUCAAUAAAGAUGAUGUUUUGACUAUAUACCCGGCAGAUGUGGUGCUGUUUGAAGGUAUUUUAGUGUUUUACUUCCCAGAAGUGAGGAACUUAUUUCAUAUGAAGCUUUUUGUUGAUACUGACUCUGAUACAAGGCUUGCCAGAAGAGUCCCAAGGGACAUAAAUGAAAGGGGCAGGGAUCUGGAUCAAGUACUCAACCAGUACAUGAACUUUGUUAAGCCAGCUUUUGAAGAGUUCUGCUCUCCGACUAAAAAGUUUGCAGAUGUGAUAAUCCCAAGAGGAGCAGACAACCAUGUUGCUAUAGACCUGAUAGUCCAACAUAUAAGGGAAAUUUUAGGGACAAAACCGAAAAGCUCAGAAGAGAGGGUGAUUAAGUUUCACCCCUCGCUCACCCAGUCUCUCAAUAAAAAAGGCUCAUUUAAAAGGCCCCACUAAGUGCUCCCACUUUAAGUUUAGUUAGUUCACAAGUACAAAACAACUUUUUUUGUGAGUUUAAUUUAUGUUAUUUAUUACAAGUUUAAGGUUGUUUAUUUAUUAUAAAUGUUAUUUAUUGCUCUUUGUGUGUAUCAGUCAGUCAAAAGACUAAAAAAUUCUGAACAAAUUAGGCUUUUUAGUUAAAUUUUUUUUUCUUUGUGAUAUUUUUACCAAAUCUGGUGCUAUAUUAGGUCUUAGGCAUAAAUGCUAUUUGUUUGUUACUAAAUUGAAAUAAUAAAAAUUGUUUAUUAGAAAUAAAAGAAA